AUGAAGAUUUCGUGUGAAUAUAAAAACAUCCGGUUUGAGGACAACAAUACUUUUUACGGAUGCUACAUUUACGAUCAUAAAAUACCAUUAAAGGCAAACUUUAAGAUUACUGGACAACAUAAAGGAAGCAAGCAGCAUAAAGACAUACUUUUUGUUUACAUCAUGGAUUGCACAGUCGCGAACAUUCCACAAGGAUUCACAAGGCAUUUCCCAAAUUUAAAAGCACUCCUUAUCGAGUCUACAAAUUUAAAGAAUAUCAACAGAAAUGAUUUGACUGAGUACAAAAAUUUAGAAAAAAUUAUUUUUCGAUUGAACUGGAUUGAGUAUGUCCCAGGCGACUUGUUGAAUGACUUUAAAAACUUGAAAUAUAUUAAUAUUGUUGACAGGAAUUUAAAGCUAGUGGAACCAAAUAUUUUGGAUGGACACGACAAUUUAAGUUGUGUGCAUUUUGGUAUAAAUCAAAGAUAUGAUUUAUACUUUUCAGACUUUCCAAGCAAGCAUCCAAUCAAGCCACUUACGAACAUUAAAAAUGCACUCAAGGAAAAGUUUACUAAGUAUGCAUCAAGUUCUGGAAAAAAGAAUAGUAAAGCAAUGCAGCAGCGACAAGAAUUUCCAGUCCACAAGUUCCUACUUGCAGCUCGAAGUCCAACUCUUGAUGAAUUAUUCAAAGCCAACCCUAAAGUUGAAAACUUAAAUUUAAUCGACAUUUCGGUGGAAACUUUUGAGAUAAUUCUUAAAUUUCUUUACACUGAUGAACUUCCAGGCGACGAUGGGGCGAACUUUCUUCAUCUUUUUGCAGCUACUGAUAAACUGAAGAUUGAGGACUUAAUGGAAUUCGCUGCAACUAAGCUAAUUUAUGAAGUGAAUCAAAAAAAUGCAUUAACAAUGUUCAAAUUGAGUCAUAAGCAUGGAUAUGAGGAACUGAAGCAGAAAUCAUUCAACGAAGUCAAGAAAAAAUACUCAAAAAUAAAUUUUAAUGACAAAUGGAUCGACGAUAUCAAUUUAAUGAUUGAAAUUGUUGCAAAUUAUGAAAAGAAGGAAGCAGAAAUUGAAAAAUUGCAAAUGGAUUUUCAAAAGCUCAUGCAAGAUAAAUUGGAUUUGAAGGUUAAAGAGCUUCCCAGCAGCAUCCAAAACAUGCAAAUAAUUUGUUGA